GCCAUUAGCAGGCAGCUACAGCAGUGGGUUCCCGAGCCUGUGGUUUAGACGAAUCCAGCAAAGUAGCUCAGUUUCAGCGAGGAAAGAGUUAAAGAGCUCAGUGUUCCCCUGUGCCCGGGAGGCAGUCUUUGUGUUUAACAUUGGCAGGGGCUCAGUUCGAGCUGGAGGUUUGUUUUAAUUGGGGGAGGGGGCAGAAAACAGGGGACGCUCCGGCUUCUUCAGUCUGUCUCUUUCGUUCACUGAUUUAGCGGAGGUGGAGAUUUUCAAUUCCACCCAGUCAGACGCAGGCAGGAGUAUCUGGUSAGACUAUCCCAGGAAAAGCCACUCAGAGGAAAUUCUCCGAGGCAGCGGCGGCGGCGGCAGCAAACCCAGCAUGAGGUUUCUCUGUACAGGUGCAAAAGUGAGAAGUAUCUCACUGAAAUACUGAAGAAAAAAMCUAAGCCCUUGUCUUACUGAAUUCGCUCCUGGGGGACUUCAGGAUGGAAGCCUUGUGUUUAAGAGUUUCCUUGCUGCUUCUGGUCCCAGGAUUUGUCCUGAGUGACAGCUCUGACAGAGACGUUUCCAAUCGGAGUGACUCGGGAAACCCCCUUUCCACAUUCUCAGGGAUUGAGUCCAGCAUUCUGCUCACCACCAUACAGCCCCCGGUGUCCAACCAAACUGUCAAAUGCUCCCAGCAGACCAGGAUUGCUGACACUUUUAAAUACAUUAACACCGUGGUAUCUUGUGCUAUUUUCAUUGUUGGGAUGGUUGGGAAUGCAACUCUGCUGAGGAUCAUUUACCAGAAUAAGUGUAUGAGGAACGGCCCGAACGCACUGAUAGCCAGCCUGGCCCUGGGAGACCUUAUCUACAUUGUCAUUGACAUCCCUAUCAUKGUGUACAAGCUCCUUGCUGAGAAGUGGCCUUUUGGAGAUACAGAAUUUGGACAGUUUCUUUGCAAAUUCCUUCCCUUUAUCCAGAAGGCAUCGGUGGGAAUCACAGUCCUUAACCUGUGUGCCCUUAGUGUGGACAGGUAUAGAGCAGUUGCAUCCUGGAGCCGUGUUCAGGGAAUUGGAAUUCCAAUGAUCACUGCUAUUGAAAUUUUCUCCAUUUGGCUUCUGUCCUUCAUACUGGCCAUCCCAGAAGCWAUUGGCUUUGCUGUGGUAUCUUUCAGAUACAAGGAUGCAAAUUUUGUUACCUGCAUGCUUAAACCUACAAACGAUUUCAUGYUGUUUUACAAAGAUGCAAAGGAUUGGUGGCUGUUUGGUUUCUAUUUCUGCAUGCCACUGGCAUGCACUGCCAUCUUUUAUACACUAAUGACUUGUGAAAUGUUAAACAGAAGAAACAGCAACUUGAGAAUUGCUCUCAGUGAACACCUUAAGCAGCGCCGAGAAGUUGCCAAGACAGUUUUCUGUUUAGUUGUGAUUUUUGCUCUUUGCUGGUUCCCUCUCCAUCUGAGCCGGAUUUUGAAGAAAAUGGUUUACAAUGAAAAAGACCCCAGCAGAUGUGAACUGCUCAGUUUCUUGUUGCCCUUGGAUUACAUCAGCAUCAACCUGGCAACCAUGAACUCUUGUAUAAACCCCAUAGCUCUGUAUUUUGUGAGCAAGAAGUUUAAAAACUGUUUUCAGUCAUGUCUUUGCUGUUGCUGCUCCCAGUCUAAGAGUCUGGUGACUUCAAUGCCCAUGAAUGGAACAAGCAUUCAGUGGAAAAAUCAAGAACUAAACAAUCACAAUACAGAUCGAAGCAGCCAUAAAGACAGCAUAAACUGAAAGUUAAGGACUCUCGCACCAUUUCAGAAUGAAACAGGAAAAGAAGAGUCACUACAAACCUAUUACAACAGGAAGUCCAGUGAUGAAUGAAUUCAGACGUGCACCAUUGUACCUAACUCUAGAGGUGAUGGAAUGUAACUGUGAUAUUCUGUGAGCUGAGAUCCUCUGGACAAWAAUUCUGCCUCUGACAAGGAUACUGAUGUGAUUAUGAUACCAAAAAACUGGCUUGAACUACACAAGUGGUUUCCUCUUCUGAACCAGGCAGGAACUGUCCAGUGUCUGUGACUGGUACAAUGYAAUAUUUUCACCUGAUUAUCACCUAGAAUUAAUCACUCUGGAACUUCUGAGAAGAUAUCAAAAUGGAAUCUAUCUGUGACUAUUUUUUUUCUCUGCCCAUUUGUCUUUUAAGUUCUAUUUUUGUGGUGGAUAUAGUCCAUGCACCAGUUUGUUUUGCAUGUUGUUGUUGUUGUUGCUGUUUUUCAGGAUUAUGUUGGAAAAUGUUUUGGUUCACACCAGCAUUUUACUCACUUAURUUACAGUGGGUCGGGAGAUUAGCUGGGCAGUUCACAUUUGUAGCACUUCAGUAUUCAAAUAUAGGAAGAGACCAUUUAAAUAGCAUCAACAUUUGGCACUUAAGCACAGAUUAAUACCCAAAAAAGAGGUAUUAAUAAUACAGUACUAUACUGUGUUAUUUAUUCUAAUGCUCUGUACAAAAUAAACGUAAUCUAUAUCAGCAAAAAGAAUUAAAGAUGCUCACAGAUGGGCACCUUACAAUGUGUUUUUAUUAACUUGACAUGUUAAAUCUUAAACUAUAUGAACCUUUUAAUCUAUUUAGACUAUAGCUGCAUUAAAUCUAAGUUGAAAUGAGGGUCAAUGGAACCUAAUGAAACACAAUUAAAGCUGUCCAUAGCUUUCUGAGAAUAUGGUUACUAUCAGAGCAGCUAUGCACAACAYUAUUUUCACAUGGUGAACAUGAGGUUGUAGUCAGAGUGAAUGUAGAACUGUGGAAGUCCAUAAAAGUUGAAUGUGCAAAAGUGUAUUUUGUGCCUUAUUACAGCGUUCUCUGUCUUACACAACAUUCAAAGAUUUUAAUGGGGUUUUAAUAGGUUAUCAGCGUUGUUAACCAUACAAAUGCUAUUAGCAAUAUAUAGAAACUAUUGCUUGCAUACAUGUAAACUGAUGAUUUCCUUAUUAUUUCCAUUCAUCAAGGCUACAUGACAAGAGAUUCUUUGUUUGCCUAUAAAAAUUUUAAUAGGCAUCCUUUCAUUAAAUAGUGGAACUCAAUAGUGUGGUGUCAUAUAUAAUAGGUCCAUGCACAAAUCUGUUAGGCAAUUUAUAGCAUCUUUUGUGCUAGGCUAAGAAGCACUAAUCAAAAUUCCACAAAUCUUUAAACAUCCAUUUUAUUUCCAGUGAAAGAUGUAAUCCUUUAAUAUUUUUACUUAAGAGGUCAAAAUGCCAGUGCCUGCAGUGACUUCUGCUGCACAAAUUUCCCCAAUGUUUACAUUCACAAUAAUCUUCAGAAGUAUAUUUUUAAAAAGAUUCUUUAAAUUGGUUUGUGUAUUUUUUGUGUGCUUUUGUCUCUGUGACAUAUCUGCGUGUAUAAAUACAUACAAAUUUAUGUUCAUAUGUUAUAAACUUAAAUACAGUCUUCUGACAGUGCUCUGUAGUAAUGCCUAAGAGCAUGGUAUGGAAUGAGACUUGGCUGAAUUUUACUUUAAACAUUUCAUCCUCAAACUGUAUCAGAAAUCAUAGUGAAUGAGUAACAAUGCAUAACAAUGAGUAACAAAGACUCUUUACAUCCUGAAACCUUCCUCCUCCUUCGAUAGAACAUAUUGAGGUGAUAAUAAAGGUAAACAGAAAACAGAAGUGAGGAAUGGGUUUAAGUUGUAAAUUGCCCAUUUAUUUCAAGGCAGGGGAAAUCUUUGUGUGUAUUCCCCUUUUCUGCUAUUUAUCUGAUGGUUAGAUUGAACCAAAAAUUUCAUACACCUGCAAACCAGUAAUGUGAUUGCUCAGAGACAAUAUUUCUUCCUGUCUACAAAAGACAGUGAGCAAUAGAGACAAUUUAAGUUAGUUUACGGUUCUUAACUUCUACCAAAAAAAACCAAAACAAAACAAAAACCCAUCUACAUCAAAAAGUUUCAGACUGUGAAAUGGGUCACUUUAAUGCUUUACAAGCACUGAUGCAAACCAYGGGUCAUGAAAAUUUAACAGUUUUCCUUCCAGCACUAACACUUCUAACAUCUAUUGCUUUCAACCCAGGAGUUGGCUCCGUUAUGUGGCAGAGAUACAUGAACCUGCACACACAUAGCAUCAUUUAAACCAGUUCAGAGUAGUUGGAAAAGUAGAAAAAUUAUCUUCCUACUCCUCAUAAUGCUGACUGACCUUAGCACCAGCAUUAUAAAAUACAAAACUUUCUAACUAAUGAAAACAAGAGGGUAAAUUAUCUAACAGAAGAGAGAGGUACUUUAUAGAAUCCUUUAGAAUUAUUUUUGUGAUCUUAUUUAGAAAUCAGAGCCUGCAAAAACUAAUCGAUGAUGCUCACACCAUUUCUCCAGCCUGUGGAAGGACAGAGAGAGUCUAAAUAACAGUGACAAGUGAGGUCCUGGGAGGUCUCACGCUCUUUUUCACCAUGCUUGCUUUUUUCUAUUUUCACUGGCGGCUGCUCCUCCCACUCACAAAUUUAUUGUAAGGACAAAGGGUGUUGUGAUGUGACAGCUACAGUGCGGCGGCAACUGUUUCUGCAAAACUUACUAAGAUACUUUUUAAAUUCUCUCCUUCCCACUGAGAAUGGUAAAUAUUCCUUUUGGUAUUGUGUCUACCCUCAACUGUGAAAAAGAUAUUUUUCAAAAAGAACCAAUGAAAGUACUCCACAAUCCUGUGUCACACAGAAGCUGCUUUCUCUUUUACAUUCAAACAACUUUCCAUAAGUAYCUUUCCAUCCUGCUCUUAUGUGAUAGAUGUUUUUAUGCCUGCUGUUUGCAUUCCUCUCAACUGAUCUGCAGCUAACAGGAGCUCUACUUCACAAGUUUCAGAUCAGCUUCAUAAACUUUUUGUAACAUCUGUUCAUUGUAAUCAAAAUCCAUUUAACUGUCACAUUCAUCGUUUUUGUGGACUUCAGAACUCCCAGCUGCUGUCAGUCCACUCACUGUAUAAUUUCGUUGACAAUCUCACUACUUCACUUCAAGUGCUAUGCAGAGUUUUCUUUACUUUUAAAAUACAGCUGUUCUCCUUGUUUUCAAUAUGCAUUUUUUCAAAMUACCUCACUAAACAUUUCCUCUUUGGAAUAUUUUAUACUUAUUUGUUUCAAGGAGACAGCAUACAUAGGUUUGCACUUAUAUCUAUGUCUGUAUGUAUUUAUUUAUUUACAUGUGAAACUGUGUUUCAGACUUGACCUAGCCAGCUCCUGUGCAUUUAAAAAAAAAAAAAAAAAAUUAUACAGUUCACCAUAAAUGUCACCUGACAAAGCCAUUAGCUUGGUUCUGAGACAAGAUACUUAUGUGACUCUCAUAUCUGAACAUGUUUAUUUUUGCUUUUAAUACAGUCGGUUUCAGGUGUGCCUAUCUGCYCCUCCAUCCUCCAAACUAACUAUGRACCCYCUGCCCAGUUUCAAUAAAUUUUACAGAACAGAGUUACCAUCAUUAUGAAGCUACAGAGAAUUUCACCAGACCUGCAGUAUGGGAGGAAGAAAAAAAUUCUACUUGUGUUCUAUGCAGAAAAUUUCUGAAAUGUAGUUUGUGCAUACUCAAUAAAUUCACUUGAAAGGAAGAUGUUAAAAACAUUACAGCAGCAGAMAAAGCCUUGAUCAGAGCUUGCAACUUGUGAGACAUCCGAGAAUCAAACCACAAACCACAAAUUCUUGGAAGCCAGUAUUUGUAAGUUCUGUUGCUUGUGGAAUUACUUGAUGCUUUUUUUUUCUGCCUCUCUUUCAUCAUUUACAUAUUUACUGCAAUCUUGUUACUAUAUAAUUUGAUUCUGUGAAGCCUUAUGGGUUUCAGUUUGUGAGAAGACAGGGUACAAAUUCAAAUUCUACUGCAUUUGUAUUAACAGAUUCCUGCUCAAAUGUCCCUGAGGCAAAGCACACAUUUUCAUUAGAAGAAACACCAGGACCGCAUGCUAACACUGCCUUGCAAAGUUUCUUCCAGACAAUUAGCACUGCAAAGCUUAGCUCAGCAAAGUGUUCCUCAUUUAUACACCUCACUCUUUCAAAAACUAAAUAAAGGCAAUUAUCCCCAAAAUCAGAGCAAAAUAAGACACAUAAAAAGUUUACAGAUCAGAAACAGCUCUCAAGUUGCAUAGGAAUAAAAAAAAAAAAAAGACACCAAAAUCAGGCAUGUUUAAAAUGUGGCUCUAAAAGAAACACAGCUUAUCAUUAGUCUAAGUGUGGGAAAGGAAGAUAUGAACUAAAUAAAAAAAUGCAGUCAUCUCCAGUUUCWCUAAAGGAAGAUUAAAUUAAUUGACCUCUGCUAUCUCAUCCAGAAUCAGUUUUUCCCCUGUACAGAUACCACUGCUUCUAAACUGAGCUGUGRCUUGAGUCCCAGUAUCUUAUUGUCACAAUAAUAAAGCUCAACAGAGUAAGUGUUACCACUGGUAAGAAAAAGAAAACAACUUAACCUGUACUUCAGCAGCACUCUGUCCACAUUUCUCAGAGUAACUGAGUGUCUGCAAACUGCUCUGAAAUUAAUGAUUUUGUGCAUCUCAGAAUAAGGCCUUUACUUUAAUCUCACAUUGUCUUUGUCCUUGAGAGUAAAAAAGGUUGAGAAUACAAAUUACUGAAUCAAGUAUCCAAAACAAUUCAUAAGAAGCACUUCCAAGCCAUCCAAAAUGUACUGGUUUUACUCGGUCCGAUUUUUGGUGGUGGRGGGAUGGGACACAAGAGAACACACYUCCUGCUACAAUGUWU